AUGUCAGAACAUCAUCUCUGCAGACUGAUGACCCUGAACAUGAGGGAUACAUUGAGUCCAACAUUGAGUCUACAAGAUAUUGUAAUGAAGACUGGGAGUGUUGAAUCUUGUGUUACUGUUAAGAAACCUGACCCUGUGAUAAUAUUUUAUCUUGGUCCUUCUCAAACUCCCAAUGUCGAACCUAAUGUUGGCACUUAUGCUAAAGAUUAUGUUAUUUCAAAUGUAGUGGGUAAUAUUAGAAUAAUUGGAAAAUUCAUCUCUGAGAAUAUGAAUGAUGUUAAUGGCUUUGUUGAUGUAUCCCUUUCUAAAAUUCUUGUUCUUAAACCUGAUACUUAUGUUGUGCCGGAUGUUAUAACAUUCUUGGCCCAAACUGAUAAUCCUGACAUCAAGAAGCUAAAUUAUGAUAAUGAGCAUAUAUGGGAGAAUUGGGCUCUUGGAAUUGAGCCAAUGGUGUCGAAAAGCAAGCCCUCUAAGGAUGUUGUUGAGUCUGCUAAAGAUUGGAUCAAGGUUGUUACUUCUGCUAAGAAAAGGAAAGAAGCAUCUUCAAGUGACUCUGAGUCACUUCCUAUUAUAAGUUGUUCUGGGUUUUGGGAUGAAGGGUUGGAUGUUGUUGGGUUUUCGACGGAGAAAGGUAGAAGAAAGAUGAGGAGUUUGGAGGAAGAGAGAGCGAAUGGUAUGUGA